AUGAUGAAGUUUGGUUAUCAAUUCUCAAAUCUUUUGGGAACUGUAUAUAGUGGAGGUAAUAUUCUGUUCACUCCUGACGGUAACUCUGUUAUCAGUCCAGUCGGUAACAGAUUGACAGUAUUUGAUUUAGUAAAUCAUAAUUCUAUCACCCUACCAAUAGAAACACACAGAGAUAUCAAAAUAAUUGCUCUUUCACCAAAUGGAAAGAUUUUAAUUGCAUCAGAUGAAAAUGGUUAUACAGCAAUUAUCAAUUUACAAAGACAUGUUCAGUUGGGUGAGUGUAAAUUUAAAGAGACACCAUCAAGUAUUGAAUUCUCUCCGAAUGGAAGUAUGGUUGCAUUCGGUAUCGACAGAAGAGUAUAUAUCUAUAAAUCACCAAUCAUUCAAAAGUCACUGAAUCCAAUGGUUAGACUUUCGUUGUUCCAACAUUCUCAAAAAAUAGUAUCAUUAGACUGGUCAAACGAUUCAAAGAAGUUAUUGAUAGCAUGUAAAGGUGGAACUUUGUUUGUUAGAGAAGGAAAUGAUAGACCACAUUUAUUCCAAGUUCAAGGUUCACAACCGGUUCGAGCUUACUUUGGUAAUAAAGAUUCGACUUUGAUUUUCGCAGUGUCAAAGAAGGGACUUGUACAAUGGCGUUACAUGAGUGAAGAGGAGAUCAAGUUGCAGAAACUUCAAAAUAACUUGUCAACAGAGAAUCCAGAUAUCAUUGUUACCACAGAGAAUCUACAACAAGAGAAAGCAGCGAGCGCAUUUGGUGACGAUCAAAAAAACAGAAACAAAAGAGCAAAAGGCAGAUGGAUAUAUACUAGUUUCAACCGUUUCGAAACAUCUCAGUCGGUUCGUGUAAAGUCGUGUCAGUAUCACAAAAUUGGAGGACUACUGGUUAUCGGUCUUUCCAAUGGUUUGUUCACACUCCACCAGAUGCCAGAGUAUCAGGAGUUAUAUCGUUUGAACAUCUCAAAUCAGGCCAUCACAUCGGUUGCCUUCAAUUCCACCGGAGAGUGGAUGGCAUUUGCUUCAAAGGAGUUAGGACAGCUAUUGGUAUGGGAAUGGCGUUCGGAAACUUAUAUCCUCAAGCAACAGGGACACUCUUACAAUAUGUCUACGAUGGCUUAUUCUCCAGAUGGACAGACCAUUGCCACUGGUGGUGAUGACGGCAAAGUCAAGAUCUGGAACACACAGUCUGGUUACUGUUUUGUUACUUUCUCAGAGCACGAAGCACCAGUUACAGCCAUUCGUUACUCUCCUGUUGGUAGCCAAAACGCCGUAUUCUCUGCUAGUUUGGAUGGAACUGUUCGUGCAUUCGACUUGUUGCGUUAUCGUAACUUCCGUACGUUUGUAUCGCCCAAUAAGUCGCAGUUCUCUUCAUUGGCCAUCGAUGCUGCCGGUGAAAUUGUAGUUGCCGGUUGUGUAGAUACCUUUGAAAUAUAUGUUUGGUCCAUUAGAACCGGUCGUUUAACCGAUGUUUUAUCGGGACAUACCUCACCAGUUUCAAGUGUAGCAUUCGACCCAUCCACUUCGAUGCUGGCAUCUGGUUCAUGGGACAAAACUAUCCGUGUUUGGGAUCUCUUUGAGGAUGGUGCCACAAAAGAGAAUAUUAUAAACAAAUCCGAUGUUUUGGCGAUAGCAUAUUCACCGGAUGGAUCGAGAUUCGCCGUAUCGACACUAGACGGUUCCAUUCAGAUAUUCGAGACUGCCAAUUGGACACAGGUUGGAAUUAUUGAUGGUAGACACGACAUUAUGGGUGGAAGAGCAGCCGCCGACCAAAAGAUGGUCAAGAACAGCGCAUCGGGUCGUGCAUUCAGCAGAAUCGCAUUCACUCCAAAUGGUCAGUGUUUGAUUGCCGGUGGUGACUCCAAGUACAUCUGUAUCUAUCACGUCGAUCAACAGAUUCUCCUCAAGAAAUACCAGACAUCACAUAAUAUGUCGCUGGAUGGAAUCUUUGAUAAUCACACAUGGCGCAAAGUCACAGAGUUUGGACACGUUGAUAUGAUGGAGGAGGACUAUGAGGAGGACGAAAAGCGUCACGAACACUCACUUCCAGGUGUAAAGAGAGGUGAUCUUGCUAAACGUUCCACCAAAAAGAAGAUUAAAACAUUCGAUCUCGCUAUUUCACCGACUGGUCGUGCUUGGGCAGCCACCACUACCGAAGGUCUAAUGAUCUACUCACUCGACGAAAAUCUAUUUUUCGAUCCCACAGAUCUCUCAAUGGACAUCAACCCAGAAUCCAUUCGAUCCACUCUAAAUGAUAAAGAAUAUCUUAAAGCAUUAAUUGUAAUGUAUUAA